AUGGACUCGGCUGAGUUGCCUGAGGAUGAAGCAACUCCCGAGGGCAUCCGCACGUGUCAACUACCCGUUUAAGUUUCCACGCCAAUAACUUGGCAUUAAGCCCUAUCCAAACGGGACCGAAUAGACUUUUUUUUCGGCUUUCACUGAGAUCCUGGUGGAUGCUCGUCGGAUGUGGGCUCGGCUUAAGGAGGAAGGUUUUCUCUUUUUUUCCGUCUUGCUCGCUGGGGUCUUGAAGCGUCGAAGGGGUUCUGUCUGCAUUAGUUCGGCCUAUCAAGUAUCUCGACUGCAACUGCAGAAGACCAUCUUUCGUCACCAUGGAAGGUCUUCCGAUCAGGCAGGCCCCGCAACCUUGCCCUGACGAAAAAAUCUGGUUCUCUGAACCUCAUACCGUCAUCAACCCGCAAUGAUCUUCAGGAUCGUGAGGAUCUUCCUUUUUUGCCUUCCGCUUCGGGCGGCAAGGCGGGUUUCCCCAUCCGAUCGUCCCGGGCUUCACCGUUCCUCAAAUGUUGCCAACUGGGAGUCAACAGUCAGGAAAGUUUCCCGAUUCCGUAGAAUAUUCCUCGGAGACGGCGAUUGUCUGUCCUCUGAUGCAACCUGCGAAUUGCUCUGUACAUUCAGUCUCUGGAAAAGAAGAUCAAUGUCGAUCGCCCUGAAAAAAGGCUCAUGGUUCACCGUCGGAAAUGAACCCAAGAAAUUCACGGGUGGAUUGGGGGACGGGCUUUGCCAUUUUAGCAGACCCCGGGUCAACACGGAUGCAAACGCAGUGUUAGUUUACUCAUUGUGCUUGUCUGUCGCUGGGGUCUCGCUGGGGCUAUCGGACUGGCACUCUGGGGUUCCUUGUUCCUCUGCAGCAGUACCCACAGGUGGGCCUUGAGGUCAUCGCAACCGAGGAUAUGCCAGGAUAAUAACCUGCUUGUGGAGUGUGACGUAUGUUCACGAUUUGUUGACUGACCUCACUACAUAAUAGAUGAAAGCGAUCCGAACCGUUUUUCACAUGGUGCCGAGAGAUGAUUCUCGCAUCGCUUGCCUUGAGUCCUGAUCGACGCGACAGACAUCGCCCCCAGGCUGCAUGGCACAGUUGCCGCCCACCGCUACCUUCCAAAUAGAACCCCACCGUCAUUUGUUCGAUGGGGCUUCAAAUAUAUGAGUUGUCACAACCGAUCCUCGGCUACCUUACCCCGACAAUUGAGGAUCUGGGGGUGGCGUACUGUUAUUUUAUGGGUCGCCGACCCUCCAGUAGACGGCGAUCAACGGCGGUAAAACUCAGAUGUCUGAAUUGGAAAAGUAACGCGG